AUGUCAUUGAUUCGUGAUCAAAUGUGUUCACAUCCACAAACAACAAUUCGUAUUGCUUCAAAAUCGAUUCGUGUACCAUAUUUAUUAAAUCGUAUUCUAUCAAGUGGUCUACCAUAUAAAGGAAUAAUGUGUUAUGCUGUCGAAGAAGCUGAAUUUUUAUCAAGUUUAGGUUUUGAUGAUUUAUUAAUUGGUUAUCCAUCACAACAAAUAUUAGAUUAUCAAAUAUUGAGAAAUUUACAUGAUCAACAAGGUAAAAUAGUGAGAAUUGUGGUUGAUCAUCGAAAAUCUAUUGAAGAAUUAAAUCAAUUUAUGAAUGGAAUCAAUCGACCAUUUCCAGUUAUUUUAGAAUUUGAUAUUUCAUAUAGAAUGUUAAAUGGAUGUAUUCAUUUUGGUGUUCGACGAAGUCCAAUACGAACUAUUGAUCAUUUAAUUGACAUGAUUGAAUUUAUUCAACAAUUGCCAUAUAUUCGAUUAGAAGGUUUAAUGGUCUAUGAAAGUCAUAUUGCUGGUAUUGGUGAUACAAAUCCGAUAAAUUAUUGGCUUAAUCCAUUGAUUCGUUAUAUAAAACGUUUAUCAAUUCUUCAAAUUCAACAACUUCGAAAACAAAUGAAUCAACUUUGUUUAAAAUAUGGUUUAACAUUAUUUAAUGGAGGUGGAACAGGUAGUUUCAUGUCAACUCUCAUGGAAAGUUCUGUUUUAACUGAAAUAACAAUUGGUUCAGGAUUUUUUCAACCUCAUCUAUUCGAUUAUUAUCAACAAAAUCAAUCGAUGAUUAAAGAAUAUGGUUCAACAUUUAUUCCAUCAUGUUAUUUUGCUUUACCAGUUGUUCGAAUAUCUGAUGAAGGUCAAUGGAUAACAUGUUCUGGUGGUGGAUAUGUAGCAUCAGGUGGACCAGGAUGGGAUAAAGUACCAUUACCAGUUUUUCCAUUAGGAUUAACAUUAAAUGAUUAUGAAGGAACUGGUGAAAUACAAACACCAUUGAAAAUUGAUUCAAAAAGAAAAGAUGAAACAAUGAAAAUAUUAAAACAAAAUAAAAUUGUUUAUUUUCGACAUGCUAAAGGUGGAGAAUUAGCAGAACGAUUUAUUUCAUUUUUAAUAGUGGCCAAUGGACGUAUUAUUGAAAUUGCCAAAACCUAUCGAGGUUAUGGAAAAUGUUUUUUCUAA